CAAGACUUUCGAGUCUCUUAUCGUUCAUGGAUCACCACUCCUGAGCGUAUCGGAAUGUCUGGGUUUGAAGUGGCCGGAGCCGUUCUUGCAGCAUUCCCGAUAGCCCUCAUCGCCCUCGAAGAAUACCGUGAGGUUGCAAGGAGGCUUGACCGCUUCCAUAAGAUUCGGCUGGAAUACAAGAAGUGCCGCGACACUCUGAAAUACCACCAGUUAAGCUUCACAAGGCAUUUGAGACAGCUCUUGCUGCCCCUCCUGGUGGACGAUGACAAGAUUGAUGACUUGCUCUCUGCACCUGGAGGAGACGGCUGGAAGGAACCGUCUGUAGCAAACCUCCUCCGAAGUCGCCUCCUGGAAUCUUACGAGCUUUAUCUGGACCUUGUCACAGAGAUGAAGCGUGUCUUGGACCACAUACACAAAGAGCUAGCAGCCGACUCGGAACCAGUUCAACAGCAAAUCAACGCCUCGAAAGAUCAAAAGGGGACUAAGGGCUUGAUGGCUGCUGUCAGUGCGGACCGUUGGGCAUUUCGACUCUACAGGUUGAAGUUUAGCAAUCGCGAGACUGUUCUUACGCAGCUCUUCGCUGAGCUCCAGGAAAUCAACAACAAGCUUGAGAAACUGCUAAAUUCCGGCGAUCAGGACACAUACCUGAUUGAUAUGGCAGUAUGCAACUUCUGGGUCCAAGCCAGGAGUCUCCUCAAGGCACUCGCCGCUGCAUGGAACUGCGGAUGCCCGGAACACGCCGCCAAACUACUGCUCCAACACCGAACGAACCAAAAUCUCGAGGUCCAAUUCCAAGUCACAUUUACAAAUUCUAUGUUGUCCUGCUGGGACAUUUGGAAGACCAGGAUAUCAGACGUCGAAGACGCCGAGGACGCGAUGGCAGCAUCAAUGCAAGAGAGUGCCCCUGUUCGGAAUACUCAUCGCCAAGCCCGUCAGCUCAGGCGAGCUAGGCGGCUCAAUGACGCCACGACAAUUGGUGGCGAGUUAUUGACAAUACCACCAAUCCCCAGCUCAUGCGUACAAGCAAGCACUCAUGUUCCUCUGACUCGUCCAAUAUCGAAUCUCUGCGUCACACCAAGCCAACCCGAAGGGAUGUGCUGUGGCUAUAUUCUCAACGAUAACUGCCGAUAUUACGUCUACACGAUAGCUCGCCAUACCACCGACACCUUCUCGUUCAAGACGCUUGACCAGGUCCUCCGGGGCGAAGUUCUCCCACAGCCAAAACGAGUUGAGCGCUACACUCUGGCUCUGACUGUGGCCUCUUCGUUCUUGCAGCUACUGGACUCCGGCUGGCUACCAAACUCCUUUAACAAGACCAAUAUCCUGUUCGUGGCCGACGCUGAUAACCCAACCAUGUUUCUCCUCGACCAGCCCCAUAUAAACCGCGUUUUUGACAAUCCACUCGAAAACGCGGAUAUGACAUCAGCGGAGAGAGGAUCUAGGUAUAACGACUCGCUGGACCGUCUGGGAAUCAUGCUACUGGAGCUCUGCUUCGGAAAGACUCUCGAGGAACAACCGUGCCGAAAAGAAUGGCGAGCCGGAGAAAACGAGAAGGAAAAGGAGGUGUUCGACGUCGGAGCAGCCCGAGAAUGGCAGUGCCAUGUGAACGGAGAAGCGGGCCCGGAUUAUGCUGAGGCCGUUGGCUGGUGCUUGGGCGGGAAUCGGGCUGCGCCUCCAGACCGGUGGAGACAGGAUAUGCUGCGGAAUGUGGUGCAGCCCCUGAAGCGGUCGUGCGACUACCUGACGAAUGGUGGGGCCGAAGGAUCAUGA